AUGGUUAGGUAUUUUCCUAGCGAUGACAGGAGUGUUCUGCCAGCUCAUUUUGGGUUUUGGCCGGGAAACCCAACCGGAGAGGUCAGCAGCCGUGUCUUCUCGGCCAGACUUCCGGUGGUUUGCCGGCAGGUCCACCAUAAGCAGCCGUUCGGAAUGUUCAAGGGCGAAAAUGCGAUGAACUACGCAUUUUCGACCUUUUUGAUUGAAGCAAUUAUCAUCAUUUUCUUCAUUAAAUCCGUUUGCUUCCCUCUUCGCCAACCUCGUAUCGUAUGCGAGAUCAUCGGUGGAAUGAUGAUAGGACCGUCAUUGUUUGGAGGAAGCAGAAAUUUCAAUUACUAUUUGUUUCCACCGAUUGCGAAUUACAUAUGCGCAAACUUGGGAUUGAUAGGAUUCUUUUACUUCCUCUUCCUCACCGCGGCCAUGACCGACGUUACAGCCAUUGGGAAGGCACCAAGAAAGCACAAGUACAUUGCUGCCAUUGGCGUUUUCGUCCCCAUGAUCUGCGUGGGAGCCGUGGGGAUGUCCAUGCGUAACAAAAUGCAUAUAAACAUGAAGAAACCAUCGGCCCUUGGAGGGAUCGUGUUCGCUUUGGCUUUCAGUUCUUUCCCUGUCAUCUACACCGUUUUGAGAGACAUAAACCUUCUCAACUCCGAGGUUGGCAAGUUCGCCAUGUCGGUGGCUCUCCUUGGAGACAUGGCAGCGAUCAACGUGCUUACGUUUUUUGAGGCAUGGACACAGCUCGACGGUGGAGGCACCUAUGCUUUAGUUUGGUUUCUCGUGUCGGUGGUUAUCUUUUCUUCCUUUAUGCUUUUGGUUGUGAAACGAGGCCUUGAUUGGGUUGUCGCUCAAACGCCCGAGGGCAAACUGGUAGACCAAAACUACAUUGUUAUGAUUCUCAUGGGUGUUCUUGUCGCUUGUUUUCUCACGGAUAUGUUUGGUUUGUCUAUAGCUGUUGGACCCAUUUAUCUAGGGUUGCUUGUCCCACAUGGCCCACCCUUGGGUUCCACCUUGGCUGUUCGGAGCCAAUCCUUCAUCCAUGAAUUUUUGAUGCCAUUCACCUUUGGUUUGGUGGGACUCAACACAAAUGUUAACUUUCUUAAUGACGAGAUUUGGCCACAACAGCUUUCUCCUCUAUUUUACAUGACCAUCGUUGGCUUCAUCACCAAGUUUGUCUCCACCGUUGCCGCUGCUCUCUUCUUCAAAGUCCCCACAAGAGACAGUCUCACGCUUGGCCUCAUGAUGAACUUGAGAGGCCAGAUCGAUAUCUUGCUCUACUUACAUUGGAUCGAUAAACGUAUGAUCGGCUUACCCGGUUUCACUAUCAUGGUUUUGCAUACGCUUGUUGUCACGGGUAUAUCGACGCCGCUCAUCAGCUUCUUAUACGAUCCCACUCGGCCUUACAGGAGUAGUAAGCACCGCACCAUCCAACACACUCCCCCAUCCACCGAGAUGGGACUAGUUCUUGCCGUCUCCGAUCACGAAGCCUUGGCCGGCGUGAUCACUUUCCUUGACAUCGCCUAUCCCACUAAAACUAGCCCCUUCGCUAUAUUCGCAGUCCAGCUGGUGGAACUGAAGGGGCGAGCCACGCCAUUGUUGUACCAAGAGAAAAGAGAUGAUUGCGUGAACCUCCGUGACUACACCGCUCAAGCUCCAAAGCGUCUCAUGUAUCAAGACAUUUGUGAGCUGGCCUUGGCAAAGAAAACCGCUUUCAUUCUCUUACCUUAUCAGCAAGAGCGACUUGAAGACGCGACUCCGGCAUGCUCUCCGUGA